GAUAGUGCUGGCAGCCUCGGAAGGCAGCGCUGCUAUCAGCAAGGCCAGGCUCUGCCUGGCAGAAUGGCCUCAGGCCCUCUGGGGGAGCGUCUGCGGGAAGAGGCCAGGUGCCCAGUGUGCCUGGACUUCCUGCAGGAACCAGUCAGUGUCAACUGUGGCCACAGCUUCUGCUUCAGGUGCAUCUCCGAGUUCUGUGAGAAGUCCGAUAGCGCCCAGGGCGGCGUCUAUGCCUGUCCCCAGUGUCGGGGUCCCUUCAGGCCAGAGAACUUCCGACCCAACCGGCAGCUUGCGAGCCUGGUGGAGAGUGUGCGACAGCUGGGGCUGGGCGCGGGGCCUUCCGGCGUGCGCCUCUGCCUGCGCCAUGGCGAAGAGCUAAGCCGGUUCUGUGAGGAGGAUCAGGCGGCGCUGUGCUGGAUCUGUGACACCACCCCUGAACACAGAAGUCACCUCACGGUGCCCCUGCAGGAGGCCGCCAGGGGCUACCAGGUAAAGCUCCAAACAGCCCUGGGGGUUGUGAGGAAAGAGAUGGAGGAGGCCUUGACUCAGGAGGCCAGCGUGGGUAAGAAGACCGUCAUUUGGAAGGAAAAAGUGGAAGUGCGGAGACAGCGCUUCAGGUUGGAGUUUGAGAAGCAUCGUGACUUUCUGGCCCAGGAGGAACAACUACAGCUGAGGCGUUUGGAGGAAGAAGAGCGAGCAACCAUGCAGAGACUGCGGGAGAGCAAGAACAGACUGGCCCAGCACAGCAAGGCCCUGAAGGAGCUGGCUGAGGAACUGGAGGAGAGGUGUCAGCGUCCAGCCUUGGGUCUGCUGGAGGGUGUGAGAGAAGCCUUGAGCAGAAGUAAUGCCGUCACACAGUUGGAACCAGAGACCAUCCCCAUGGAGCUGAGGACAAUGUGUCACAUCCCUGGGAUGAGGGAAAUGCUAAGGAAGUUCCAAGUUGAUGUAAAGCUGGAUCCUGCCACAGCUCAUCCUAGCCUCCUCUUGACUGCUGACCUUCGCAGUGUGCAGGACGGAGAACUGUGGAGAGAUGUCCCUAACAACCCCGAGCGCUUUGACACGUGGCCCUGUAUCCUGGGUUUGCAGAAUUUCUCAUCAGGGAGACAUUACUGGGAGGUCGUGGUGGGAAAAAGAGCAGAGUGGGGGUUAGGUGUCUGUCAAGACACAGUGCCAAGAAAGGGGGAAACCACACCAUCUCCCGAGAAUGGGAUCUGGGCGAUGUGGCUGCUGAAAGGGAAUGAGUAUAUGGUCCUUGCCUCUCCAUCUGUUCCCGUCCUCCAAAUGGAACGGCCUCACCGCAUCGGGAUUUUCUUGGACUAUGAAGCCGGUGAAAUCUCCUUUUACAACGUGACAAAUUGGUCUCACAUCUACACAUUCAACCAACUGUUCUCUGGUGUCCUCCGACCUUAUUUUUUUGUCUGUGAUAUGAAUCCUCUUAUUUUGCCGCCUGUCACAGAAGUGGAAUCAGAGAACUGGGCAUCCAGUGGUCAUGUUGACUCUGCUGAUUUUAGAGACGAUAAUUUCUAAAACUCUGUUCCCAAGAUACAUCCCAUGCCUAGCGAGGCUGUUGUGGAGUAGAGGAUGUAGAUACACUAAGGGUCAACAGAUGCCUCCAUUUAGGUUAGCAUUUUAAUCACUGCUGCUAUAGAAAUUUUCCCUUAGGGAUAAGAGAGGAAAUAUGUAUUUGCAUUUGGAGGUGCAUUGUGGAGUAUAAUAAUUUUAAAUAUGGUGCAAUUUCAUCAACCUCUUUUUCCAGAUGGCUCCACAGAAUUUCUUCGUAAGUCUUUCUUAAAAUUAAUGGGCAUUGUAUUAAAGAUUUCUAUACAUUCAUCGUAAUUUUGCAUUCUUUCAAUCCUUUUACUCCAUGUCUUUCGUAUAUUAAGGAUUAAAAAUGGAAGUUUGUAAACUGGUUUGGAGUAGUCCGACAUGCAUCUUGGUUCCAAUUUUUCACUCUGUUGUUCCAGCUUCAGAUUCGUAAUAUAUCUGUUUCUUCUCCUUUGCCUCUUAAUCAUUCUCAUUCUCCUCUCCCUCUCUCUCUUACUUUUUCCUAUUCCUUACUUUUUUAUUUCUCUCAUUGUUUAAUAUUCCAUUUUCUUUUUGAUUAAUAUAUUCAGCUUUACUUCUUUACAAAUUAAAGCUUCCUAUCACUAUAUUCAAUUAUUUUUUAUUCUGGGACCAAUUUUUGAGAAUUAUGGAAUUCUUUCCUCUGAACCGAAUAUCACUGAGUCCCAGAACAUACCUAUCCGGGAUUGCAACUUGUUUGUUUAACAUUAGAUAUAUUUUUAUUAUUGAAAUUUCUCAGAAUUUUGAUUCAGUAUAUCUGAGUUCUUUUGACUCGUUCAAUUUACUCGUAUGUAACCUCAAAAAAAUAAUCUCUGUCUCUCUUUUUAAUUCUACUAGUUGAAGUUCCUAUGCUUGGAACAAUGAAUGGCCUCAGAGUAUUGUGGUAAAUAUUUAAGGUCAUGAAAGAUAUAACUUAAAAGUUACUUUUUCUAUUUUAAUGUUUACAAAGAUGGUGAUGAUGAUGAAAUGAUUUGCUUUAUUCUUAAAUUAUAUUCUGUAACUUCCUAACAAGUUGUCUUAAAGUUGUUGAAGCUUAACUUUUCUAUCAUCUCUCUGUCUGUGUCCAAUAAGUAAUUAAGGACUCCAACUGUCUUAGCUGUGAAACAAAUUUUAAUUACCGGCAAAAUCAGAGAAUAUCUUGAUAAUCAUAAUGUGUCAGAAAACUUUAAUCCUUCCUCCUGUUUCACUCUACAAUGAAGUUCAGGGCUUUCUUUUUACUUCCAGGGAGAUGUCUUUGACAUCUUUCAUUUUCCUUUCAGUCAUAUUAUUAACUUAAAUUUUUUUUCCCCUAAGCUUUUUAACUGCAUCAUUUUAAGCAAGGAAUCCCUCUCUCUGCAUCAGUUUCUUAUUUGGAAACAGAAG